UCCAAGCUGUCCUGGUUAGUCAAACCUCUGAAGGACACCAAGGCAGGUAAAGCAACGGGAAAGGACCCUAAGGGGGCAGGGGGAGCAGGAGGAGGAGCAGGGGAGGAGGAGAAAGCCAAGGCCAUCGGGGCGGAGGUGAUGCCGGUGGAGUCUCCACCUCAGCUCAUUGACAAGGACAACUUUUUGCUGUUUGGAACGGUAUUCGAGGCCACGAUGAUCGACAGAAAGAUCGGAGACAAACCCAUUAACUUUGAGUUGUCUGUUGGUAACUUUGGGAACGUCCAGGAGGGCUCUCCCCAGGUCAGCGGUAGGAGGAAGGUGGAGAAGCCAGUAGCAGAGAGGGUGUGGGAUGGUCAAGAUCUCGACAGUACCCCCCUGAUUGACUCCCAGGACCCCAAACCUGGGCUCUGGCAGUCUCCAUGCCAGUCCACCACACCCCCAGAGAAACCCCUCACUGAUGGAAACAGGCAUUACAUGUACCUGCCCAUCCAGCAUCAGAAGCCUUGUGUCCAUGUGAUGAGCUGCUGGGAGGAUCGGACGUACCGUCUUCACAGCUCUAACUUUCUGGAGAACAUCGCUGUCAUGUUUGAAGAAGGCGUGGCCAAGACAGAUGAGCUGAACAAGUUGUCAGAUCCAGGAACAGAAGCUCUCAUGCGCCGAGUCUUUAAGGAGUUUAUCAUGGACGCCAGGAGAUUCAUAGCCUUUGCAGAAGGGAAAGUGAGAAUGAACCAUCUGACAGUGUUGGAUAAGAAACGCCUGACCAUGUGUAAACAGGAGCUGGAGAGUAUGGUCGGAAAGGCAGAAACCAUCUCAGAGGGGAAGAGGAAGGCUCGCAGUGUGAAGGAGAUGUUGCAGGAGGCUCUAAAACUCACACAGAAACUGAGAUUCCUAGUGGAAGAGCCCCAGCAUACCAUCCCAGAUGUGUUUGUGUGGAUGCUGAGUAACAACAAGCGUGUGGCUUAUGCCCGCAUCUCUGCCCGUGACCUGAUCUACACUGCCAGCCCUGAGGAGAGAGGCAAAGACUGUGGCAAGAUCCAGACUUUAUUCUUGAAGCCCCCAGGGAAGCGCGUAGCAGGCUGGUCAAUUCAGGCCAAACUGGACGUGUACCUGUGGCUGGGCAGCUGCAGAGACUCCUCUCAUGUGCUGGAUAACCUGCCUGGAGGGUUUGAGCCCAAAGGGGGCGCCACUGAGGAGCAGCUUCUACCUGCCAUCCUACCUGUACAUCUGGCAUAUAGAGACGAGCACAAGUUCCAGAUGCGCGCCCACAUGUACCAGGCUCGAGGGCUAAUAGCAGCAGACUCUACAGGACUCUCAGACCCCUUCGCCAGGGUCACCUUCCUGACACAUAGCCACACCACGGCCAUCAUCAACCAGACGUUAACCCCGACCUGGAACCAGAUGUUGUUGAUGACCCGGGUCACGCUGCAUGGAGACCUAGCUCACCUGGAGCAGGAGCCACCGUGCAUCGUCAUCGAGGUGUAUGAUGACGAUGCUCUGGGCAAGGCAGAGUACCUGGGCAGCACGGUGGCAGUGCCCGUGGUGAGGGUGUCAGAGCAGCCCUACUCUCCUCCCCAGCUCCAGUACAGUCCUCUGUUUUCUGGAUUCCAGUCUGGUGGAGAACUGCUGGGGGCCUUUGAGCUCAUACAGAUCCCAGAGUCAGGAGAAGAGUAUCUGCCUGCGCUGGACGAACCAGACGGUCAGAUCUACCCUGUACCUGGCAACAUUAGACCUGUACUGAGCAGGUAUCGAUUAGAGGUGUUGUUCUGGGGCCUGAGGGAGCUGAAGAAGGUGCAGCUCCUGUCUGUGGACCGUCCCCAGGUGUUUAUCGAGUGUGCUGGGAAAAGCCUGCGCUCCUCUGUUAUCCAGAGCUACAAGACCAACCCAAACUUCACCACGCUGGUGGACGCCUUCGACCUGGAGCUGCCUGAGAAUGAGAACCUUCACCCUCCCCUGAACAUCAGUGUGGUGGACUGGCGAGCAUUCGGACGCUCCACCGUGGUGGGAAACUACACCAUCAACAACCUGAAGCCCUUCAAAUACACCCAUCCUCCAGCGCUGUCCGCGCCAACCUCACCACGGGGACCUGACAGCAGAGAGGAUUUAGGUAUGAUGCCCCAGUCUAAUGUAGACAAUGUAAUCCCUUUGUCAUCUGAGGAUGUCUCAAUCAACAUCUACCAGGAGAUCUCUCCUACACCCCCACCACCACCUCCACCCGAACCAGACAAGAAGGAAAAGGAAUGGAGGAAGAGCUCUCGGAAGUCUACUAAGAGAAGGAAGCGUACCGUAGCAGAUGAGUCUGGGGAUAACGUCCUCGACUGGUGGUCCAAGUACUACGCCUCGGUAGACAAGAGACAGCAGGCCAAGCAGAAGGAGGUACAUCCCUUUCCAUACGUCUAUGAUAAUGUCACUGGACAGCAGGAUGGAGACAUGAAAAAGAAACCAAUAUUGAAUGUCUCUCAGGAAGGUGUGUCCAAACUGGCAACUCUCCAGCUCUAUGACAAGGAGUUGGAGUCGGAGUUUGGUCCGUUUGAUGACUGGGUCAACACCUUCGAGCUGUUCAGAGGGAAAGCCAAUGACGAGGUGGGGCGUUCUAAUGAGGAGAGGUUCGUUGGGAAGUUCAAGGGUCGUUUCUGCUUGUACAAGCUAACUGAGGAGGAGGAUGAGUGGGAGGAGAGUCCAAACUCAGGCCAGUUUAAGAUCACCCGAGGGAUCCCGCCCAACACCUCUGUCAAGGUUCUCAUUAGGGUGUACAUCGUAUCGGCAUCCAACCUCCACCCAGCCGAUACUGAUGGGAAGUCUGACCCCUACAUUGUUCUGAGGCUGGGGAAAACUGAGAUAAAAGACAGAGACAACUACAUCCCCAAGCAACUCAACCCAGUCUUUGGCAGGUCCUUUGAGAUCCAGGCUACGUUUCCUAAAGACUCCCUGCUGACUACUCUGAUCUAUGACCACGACACCAUCGGGACUGACGAUCUGAUCGGGGAGACGUGCAUAGAUCUGGAGAACCGCUUCUACAGCCGACACCGGGCCACCUGCGGCCUACCCACUGAGUACAGCAUUGAUGGUUAUAACGCCUGGAGAGACUCCACCAAGCCAUCUGAGCUGUUGACUACGCUCUGUAAGGAGAACAGGCUAGAUGGACCCUACUUCAGACCCGGAAAAAUCACCAUCGGGGGCAAUGUCUUCGCUGGGAAAACACUGUUUAUGGAUGAAGAGCAGACGGUGGAAUCCUACGAACAUCUGGCUCUGAAGAUCCUUCACAGAUGGACUGAGAUUCCAGGGGUGGGGUGUAGACUUGUCCCAGAGCACAUCGAGACACGGACUCUGUACAACAAGGCCAGGCCUGGCAUGGACCAGGGCCAGCUCCAGAUGUGGGUGGACAUGUUCCCCAUGGAUAUGCCCCACCCACGCCCCUCUGUGGACAUCUCCCCUCGUAAACCUAAAGGGUUUGAGUUGAGAAUCAUCAUCUGGAACACUGAAGAUGUGAUUCUGGAGGACACUAACAUCCUCACAGGAACACAGUCUAGUGACAUCUACGUUAAAGGGUGGCUUAAGGGCUUUGAGGACGAUCGCCAGGAGACUGAUGUUCACUACAACUCUCUGACUGGGGAGGGUAACUUCAACUGGCGCCUGGUGUUCCCCUUUAACUACCUGCCUGCCGAGAAGGUGGUGGUAGUCAGUAAGAGGGGGAGCAUCUUCUCCCUGGACAAGACAGAGCAGAAGCUACCGGCCAUGUUGGUGAUGCAGGUCUGGGACUUUGACAGGCUGUCGUCUGAUGAUUUCUUGGGUACAGUAGAGCUGGACUUACAUGGAUUUCCUCGCGGGGCCAAGUCAGCCAAGGCCUGCAAGAUGGACAUGCUGAUGGACAGCGUAGAGACGAUCUCCAUCUUCCAACAGAAGAGGUCCAGGGGCUGGUGGCCCUUUGUCAAGGCUGGGGAACUCACGGGGAAAGUAGAGGCGGAGUUCCACCUGGUGACAUCAGAGGAGGCAGAGAAGAAUCCGGUUGGUCGAGCCCGCAAGGAGCCUGAACCCCUGGAAAAACCCAACCGGCCAGACACGUCAUUCUCGUGGUUUGUGAACCCUUUUAAGUGCUUCUUCCACCUGAUCUGGAGGAACUAUAAGAAGUAUAUCAUCAUCGCUCUGGUCCUGCUCAUCACAGCUCUGUUCAUCGCCCUGCUGCUCUACACCCUGCCAGCAGCCAUCUCACAGAAGAUAGUCAAUGGUUAACACACUGCACUACCACAGCUGACUGACUAGCUGGCUGACUGACUAGCUGGCUGACUGACUAGCUGACUGACUGACUAGCUGGCUGACUAGCUGGCUGACUAGCUAAAUGACUGACUAGCUGGCUGGCUGACUAGCUAAAUGACUGACUAGCUGACUGACUAGCUGGCUGACUAGCUGGCUGGCUGACUAGCUGGCUGACUAGCUGGCUGACUGAAUAAUUGGCUGACUGACAGGUCGACUAGCUGACUAGCUGGCUUGCUGACUAGCUGGCUGACUGACUAGCUGGCUGGCUGACUAGCUGGCUGACUAGCUGGCUGACUGACCAGCUGACUGACUGACUAGCUGGCUGACUGACCAGCUGACUGACCAACUGACUGACAAGCUGGCUGACUGGGGAUCAAAAGUCUAAAUCAACCUACAGUGACUUAGAUAAUCUAUCAAGCAGGGUCGGGACUGAAUCUAUAGAAAUAGUCAGACGACUAACUCAGGAAUUCAUAAUGAUGUUGCAAUAUCAGAAUAGCAUAUUAUAUAUUAACAUUUAUUUAAAUACAGUUGCAGAAAGAGUAUAAAUAACAUUUUAGAUUCAACAAUAUAGACAAAGUUUGCCCAAGAGGAAAAAAAUUCAGUACAGUAUCCUCCAUGUUAUUCAGUACAGUAUCCUGUUAUUCAGUACAGUAUCCUCUGUUAUUCAGUACAGUACCCUCCAUGUUAUUCAGUACAGUACCCUCCAUGUUAUUCAGUACAGUAUCCUCCAUGUUAUUCAGUACAGUAUCCUCUGUUAUUCAGUACAGUAUCCUCUGUUAUUCAGUACAGCACCCUCCAUGUUAUUCAGUACAGUACCCUCCAUGUUAUUCAGUACAGUACCCUCCAUGUUAUUCAGUACAGUACCCUCUGUUAUUCAGUACAGUACCCUCUGUUAUUCAG